AUGAAACGCCUGGUGGGAACCCUGAAGCGCACAAAAGGGAUAGGGGCGCAACUCCAUCGGUCGAACGGUGCAUCAUAUCCGCAAGAAUCGCUCGAAAACAGCGUCGUGACGGAGAUUGGCGAUGAAUUCCUCCAUCUGCCGGCCAUCGUCGAGGCCGCGGAGUCGACCCCUGCCGCUGCCAGGGCCGCAGCGCAUCAGAUCUACAAGUAUCUGUCGAAGCCAAACGGAUACCCCGAGCACCAGCAGUAUAACGCGAUUAUGCUGAUUCGAAUCUUAUCCGACAACCCCGGGCCGACAUUCACGCGCCACAUCGAUGCGCGCUUCGUCUCGUCGCUGAAGAUCCUGCUGCGAGACGGGCAGGAGGUCAGCGUGCAGCAGAUUCUAAGGGAAACGCUGGAAUUCCUCGCAACGACCAAGGCGCGCGACACCAAUCUCUCGGAGGUGAAUAACAUGUGGCAGAAGGAAAAGGACAAGUUUGUCAAGAUGUUUGGUGUCCAUCCGCUUCAAGGCCCUGCCCACGCGAUGUACCCCGGAUACCGCCAGGACUUCUUUUCCAGGAACCAAAGAUCAAAGGGCUUGCCCAGCCAGGAAGAACUAGCAGGCCGUAUAUCAGAGGCGGCGACGUCGGCGAAGCUGCUGCUGCAGAUGGUGGCAUCGACAUCCUCGUCGGAAUUCUUUGAGAAUGAUAUGCUCAAAGAAUUUGCCAGCCGAUGCCAGCGGGCGUCCCGGUCAUUACAAAACUACAUGGAGGCGACGGAUCCGGCGCCGGACGAGGAAACCAUGAUGACCCUGAUCGAGACAAACGACAAGAUUUCGGUCGCGCUGUCAAGGUAUCAGCGGGCGCAUCUCAACGCGAGGAAGACGGUCAAAGCAAGCGAGUCGCAAACCCAGCUUCCACAGACGCCCCAAGGCCAAUCCCAAGACGACAGGCCCGUCUCGCCGCUCGAGGAGCCGACGCCCGUGCGGCGCUCCAGGCCGCAUGUGCCGAUCCUCUCGAUCCCCCGAAAGGCGCUGAAAAAGUUCCAGCACCAGCCAUUCACGCAGGAACCCGCGCAGCCACCACCCACGACGACGACGGUUCAUACCGCUACUACCACCACCACCACCACCACCGCCCAUGACUUGUCGCCCAUUGAUCCGGCGCCGCCGAGCGUGCCGGGGCCACGGUCGCAGCACGGAGAUGCGUCCUCGUCGCAGGGCUUCCAGUACAGGCCGGGCGAGUUCCAGGUCGAAAACCCGUUUGCGGACAAGUUCAGCACGACGCACGACCGGCCGCAGGACGCGUACAGCACCAACCGUAGCAGCAGUGACGACGCGAGGCGGGAGCGGGAGGACAGGGACGUGUCGCCCACGCAGGCGAUUGGCGUUGCGACCUCGGGCGGGGCGGCGCCGGGCAUGAGCAGUACAUAUUACCCCGGUGGACAUGAUGCGCUGUUUGACAGCGAUUUCAGCCUGCCGCCUUUGCAUCGGAACGAUGGGGCGGGUAAUACCAAGGUGUAG